AUGAAGUUUGCGGAGUUUCGGGAGCUUAUAAGGUCUGUGAUUGGUCCUGGUGUGGAGGACUCAUGGGCUGAGCAGUUCUUCAGUGAGGUGGAUAUAUGUUGCACAGGGCAGGUGACGUGGCAGCAGCUGUGCUCCUACCUGCUUCUAGAGUACAGUGAAAGAGAACGAGCCUCCAUCCCCAUCGCUGCUCUCCUGGACUCCCCCCAAACAGUCAGACACUGCUCCCACAACAAGCGGGAGCCAACAGUGCGUGCGGUGGCUCUUUCCUAUCCACCUCCACUCCGCUACAUUAGUGUCAGUAAGGGGGGUCAACUCACUGUCUGGAACCGCAGCCUACACAUUGUCAAAACUCUAGGGCUUGCUGGAGACCCAACAGAGGAAGUAGCAAAUACGAGACGAUUCAGAGGCUGGACCACUGAUGCCGUCUAUAUGGGCAAUGUCAACAAGGUCGCUAUAUCAACCGAUUGCAGGGACCUGCACUUUAUCAAUGUCUCCACCAACAGCAUAUUUGAAGACGUCCAUCUGUUUGGGUUUCCUUGUGUCCUGACUGCUUUAUGUUACUGGUGUGAUGUCCAGUACCUAAAGCAACCAUCUCUGCUGCUACUGGGAGAUGAUAGGGGUGGAGUUCACCUCAUGCAGUUUCUGAACCCCUCUGAAGGCCUUUUCAAGAACCCCUCUAAGAAAGAGACCAUGCCACAGAGGAUCUUUUUCCAGGACCUGAGCGAACAUAGCAGCAUGGUCUCGUACCAUCACAUCCCUGCCAUCCACCAAGGACCAAUCAACAGGGUGAUGUUUGAGCUUGACACUAAUGUCAUCAUGACAUCAUCUGAGAGCAGCAGCACCUCUGUGGUCUUUAUCAACGUGUCACUGAAACAGGAGCCUUACAUUUGGAAAAUUAAGGAGGGAGCCAAAUGUUUUGACUACAAUCCUUCUCUGCAACUGAUUGUUACUGGAGGUUGUGACCGCGCAGUCAGACUGUGGGCUCGAUUUGUCACCACGUGUCCUGUGGCUACACUGCUGGGUCACCACACCGCAAUACUUGAUGUUGCAAUCUACCAACCUGUUGAGCAGAUUUUCAGUUACUCCAGAGAUGCAGAGCUGAGGAUUUGGGACAUCUCCACUCAUCACUGUCUGAAAAGCAUUAGUCUGCCAUUCCCCUGCCUGAAGCCAGGCCAUAUCCCAGAGCACGGCAACUUCCCUUUCUUGUUGCUGAGUCCUCCUCUUCCUGAACAGACACAGCCUCAUUUACUGGUUGGAUGUAAAGAUUACCUGGUGCUUCUCAGUCUGGCUGAAAGAGGAAGAGGAGGAUGGUUGACAGAUGAAGGAAAUGAUCCUGGACCAAAGAUGGCUCUGUCCUGUGCACUGUACAACCCCAUUCUGAGACAGGUGGUGACUGGUUAUGUCAACUCUACUGUGUCUAUGUGGGACGUACAGACUGGAAGAAGGAGGCUACAAAUCUCCAACGCUCAUGGAGAAGAGGAGCUCACCUGCAUGACCCUGGACUCAUCACACAGAAGACUCAUCACUGGGGCUCGGAAUGGCACUAUUAAGGUGUGGAAUAUACUUAAUGGUCUUAACCUGCACAAGCUGGAGCCUGUCACCGACUCUGACGUCACUGGGAUGGUUUGUCUCCAUGGCAACCAACUGCUUGCUGUUGGGUGGAGCCAGCGUAUUGCUCAGUAUGACAUUGCAUCCUCCAAGGAUUUGUAUGUGAAAUCCAACAUGUCAUGGAAGUGCAGCAGGGUCCACAAAUCAGACAUCCUGGCAGUUCAUCACUGCUCUGCUUUGGACAUCGUUGCCACGGCGAGCCAUGAUGGAGAGGUCAUCAUCUGGAGGCUGGAAACACAAGGGCCUCUUCUCCACCUACGGAGACAGACGCCCACGGGAGUGGAGUCUCCUGUGGACAGCCUUAUAUUCCUUCAGCACCGGGCUAGCAACAGAAAUUUGAGAAACAGAGGUGUCUUAGUGUCAUCACAGGCUGGCUGUCUCUGCUUUUGGAGCGUCACUGGUCAGACACACGCUUAUGGCCAAUUUUAUGCUCCCAAGCAGCCUGAUGAACUUGUGCUGACCCUGAGCUCAGAUCAGAGUAAAAACACUAUCCUCAUCUCUGGAGACACAAUGGGCUGGCUUCAGAUCUGGGACAUCUCUGAUUAUGCACUGGAAAUCCAAAAUAAGGCAGGUUGUGAACAGCCUCCUCUGCUGCAGAGUUGGAGGGCUCAUACUAGAGCUGUGGUGAACGUGGACGUCUUGGAGAUGGCUGAAAAACUGUUUGUCCUCACAGCCUCAGCUGAUGGCUCUGCUGGACUGUGGACGAAGGACGGAGGCCAUGUGGGCUCAUUUGGGCAGGAAGCGAUAUGGAAUAUAACAGACUCCAAUACCUACCAGAUUAACAGGGAGACACAGAAGAACAAGACAGAACCGGGAAUCGACAGGAACCAGAGCCAAGUGCCUGACCCAGCCAACAGAGGUCAAACUUCAGAGAGACACAGCUCUUCUGAAGCGUUUUCUCCCAGUGUUGAAGAGAAUGACCACGAACAACCACAGCAACCCAUGUAUCUAUGCGAGGAGUUUUGUAAGAUGGGUGCUUGGUGGCGUGAGAGCAGGUUCCUAUAUGAUGAAACCGAUCACUGUUGAGGAUUCAGACUCAUGUGACAGGAGAUUUUUUCUGAGAAUUUACCCACAAUUCCCUGCCUGGUAUUGGCAGCAGAAAGCUUGGCUCCCAGCAUCUGGAGGGAAAAGUGAGCUACCUGUCAAGUCAGACGUAUACAGAGAUACAGACUCAAACAACGCUUAUAUCCUGACACGCCUUCCAUUUUUUGUCUUUGUUGUAUGUACUUGUGUUAUUGUUGGGAUUGUGAAUGAAUGUCAGGGCUGCCAUUAUCAGAUAUUUGAGACUUUUGGGUCAUCCACAAAGACCGACAUCCAAGCCAACUCGCCUUCACAGCAACCUUCCCUGCACGUCAUCAUCACGGCUCGACUGAAUUGCACAAAUUGUUGAUGCAAGACUCGGUGCCCUAUUUUUUGUUUGUUUGUUUUCCAGAUGUGAUUUAGUAACUUCUUUGCAUGUGCUCGUCUGCUCAUCCCUGAAAACUGGGUUAUUUUAAGCCCCGGUCUGGUUAUAUUUUUUCGCGGGGGAGGAAGUGAGCAUGGAGCCUUUUCUUGACAAGCAGGGCUCAGGGAUAAAUACAAACAGACACAGCUGGGACAAACUGGGCAAGUCAAAUGAACUUCACUUUUGCCCUUUAAGCAGCUCUGAGAUAAUGCUGCGGUACUGCAUCUAUGAAGCGUGUCAACUCAACCUCCUGUCUGCUGACAAGCACACAUUAAUGAAUCAUUGACUUUGUGGAUAUGUAUUAAUUAUGUGACUUCUAUGCACAGGCAGACUAUUAUUAAUAUUUGACAUGUUUAUUACUCUGUUAUUUUUGUUCCUCUCCUUGAAUUGUGUGUAAGUCACCCCAUUAUCUUCGUAACACACAAAUUACACACUAGAACACAUGCAUAUAAGAAACAUUGCGUUUUCUCUAUAUGUAAGAGAAUGUGAAAAAAAAUGGUGUGCUAUGACUUCUUGUAGUGAUUUGAGUAACCAUGGCAACAAAAUUGCAACAACAACAAAAAAAGCCCCCUCCAUUCAUUUUCAAUGGGAAGUCAUGCAACUGAUCAAACCCACAUCCCCUUUCAUGUCACAUUACAUUGUCAUGCUUUAACAUAAAACUUCGGUAGACCUGCAGACUCUUUAAACCUCGAAUCAGAGUUUUAACAAAAUCACAUUUAAGUUUUGCAUAUUUUCUUAAUGCUUUACAGAAUGUUCAGCUUUACAGUGGGGUGGAUUGUGGAAAUAUGUAAAACUUCUAUUUAUUGUUUAGUAAAUGUCUACUGUUUCCUUCAGACCAUUUGGAACCAGUUCACUAUACUUACCAACUAUGGAGACACAUUUACCAUUUUUUAUCCAAGGAGAGACUCAAAGCCCAGUGACUUACAGAAUUCAGACAAUACAGAGUUCCAUAAACUGCCCCAUUAAACCUAAUAAUAAUCGGAGCACACAUUUGCACCCUUUUUACAUCGUCUUUUCCACACUUCCCACUAAACAUUAAUAAAAUUUACAUCAGCACAUUCAGAAGAGUCUCCCUACCCUCAAGGUGAAAACAGUUUAGCUAUAUGAGGAACCAGGAGAACAGUUUUGU